AUGUCAUCCCAUUUAUUGGCGUCCGAGGAACUGCUGAUUCCCCCACCACCUGCGAAGCUCCCUCUAGAAAGAUUUUGCAAUUCUAUUGAGCUUUUUCGUGACCGAGAGUGUGUCUGCGUAUGCAAUACAGAUGCACUGAAAGGUGAUGUACCAACACAGUGUGACAACUUUCACAUCACUGUAUCAAGCGUGAAAAACAACCCGGCGUUUGACACCGUUGAGGUUAAGCUUCAAAAUGACGGGCACAUGUCCAGUGCGAAACCUGCGGUCUCAGACGAAUCAACUAGUUCCUCAAUUUAUAUACUGAUGGCUAAAGCUGCGAUCGCCUGUCUCAUCUGGGCGGCGUGUUCUACCUUUAUUUUAUUUCUGACCCCAUAUGUGCUCAACACCAUCGCAUUCGACUAUCCGAUCACCUUGGCUGCCAUGACUCAGUGCGGGAGUACCAUUUUCAUCUUGGUUGCCACCAAACUAAUUCAGCCCCGGCCUAUGAGUGCGAGAGAAUUCGGGCUCGUCAUUCUGCCAAUGUCACUACUCGCAGCGCUGGGAUUCAUCUUAUCACAUGCGGUGUACAUGACGCUAAAUGUAGCAUUCGUGCAGAUGCUUAAAGCUGCCUCGCCCAUCACCGUCAUAAUCAUAAUGGUGUUCUUCGGUAUACCUACACCCACUAAACUGCUCUUCUGUGCAGUGGCCAUGAUAUCGGCUAAGAAUGGACUGAGGGGACGGGGUACCCAGGUCACAGCCGACAUGACCAUGAGCAUUCCCUCCUUGGAACGGUUCAACAGUUGUUCGUGA